CGGCGGCCGAGAAAAUUGCAAUCUAAAAAACGGGGAACGGGCCCAAGACGCGAUUUUUUGAUCAGUUGAGCAACGGCACUCGGAGCGACCGGAGCCAAAAAAAACAUUUGAAAAGCUGACAUUUCAGUCUUUGUUGCCUUGUUGUUGUUGAGAAAUCUAUCAGAAUGUCUACGAAAUUUACAAUCAACGGAGUGUCGUAUGCAGUGAAUCUAACCAAUUUUGCUCCGGAUAUUACGCUGAACACUUUUAUCCGGGAGCAUGCCCAACUUACGGCCACCAAAUUUAUGUGCCAGGAGGGGGGAUGUGGCGCCUGCAUUUGUGUGGUGCGCGAUGGAAAGCGCAGCUGGGCUGUCAAUUCGUGCCUCACUCUGCUGAAUACCUGUGCCCAGCUGGAGAUCGUGACCGCCGAGGGACUGGGAAAUCAGCGCACCGGCUACAAUCCAAUCCAAAAGCGGUUGGCCAAGAUGAAUGGCACCCAGUGCGGCUUCUGCUCGCCGGGAUUCGUGAUGAACAUGUACGGGUUACUCGAACAGAACGAUGGCAAGGUCAGCAUGACGGAGGUGGAGAACUCCUUCGGCGGCAACAUCUGCCGCUGCACUGGCUACCGUCCGAUAUUGGAUGCCAUGAAGUCCUUUGCCGUGGACAGCAACAUUCAGAUUCCAGCAGAGUGUGCGGAUAUUGAGGAUCUGAAGGCUCGAAACUGUCCAAAGACAGGGCAACCCUGCAGUGGCAGCUGUCACCCAUCUACUUUGGUCUAUGAGGACGGAAGUCAGUGGCACUGGCCCAAGAAUCUGACCGAGCUUUUUGCGGCCCUAGACAAGGUCAAGGAUUCAGAUGAGUUCAUGCUGGUGGCUGGCAAUACGGCUCAUGGAGUCUACCGCAGAUCCAUCGAUAUCAAGCACUUCAUCGCUGUGCACGGAGUGGAGGAACUGCAUCAGCACAGCUCCGAGGGGCAGCAACUGAAGUUGGGAGCUAAUCUCAGUCUGACCCAGACCAUGGAAAUCCUUCGCACUACUUCCAAGCAACCAGGGUUCGAGUAUUUGGAGGUCCUGUGGAAUCAUAUCGACCUGAUUGCUAAUGUUCCAGUGCGAAACUCUGGAACUUUGGCUGGCAAUAUUUCGAUUAAGAAGCAGCAUCCCGAGUUUCCUUCGGACAUCUUCAUAUCCUUUGAGGCCCUGGAUGCUAAGGUUCUGGCCUUGAAAAAUGCUACCGAAGAGAAGGAAAUGUCCCUGUCUGAAUAUCUAAGCACAAAUGAUAGGAAGCUGUUGCUAAAGGCCUUUAUACUUCCUGCUUAUCCGAAGGAUAAAUAUAUUUACGACUCCUAUAAGAUCAUGCCUCGUGCCCAGAAUGCCCAUGCUUAUGUCAACGCGGCUUUUCUCCUAGAAUUGGAAACUGAGUCCAAGGUGAAGUCUGCACGCAUUUGCUUCGGGGGAAUUCGGCCAGAUUUUGUACACGCUACAGUUGUGGAAAAAUUGCUGGUGGGACAGAAUCCCUAUGAAAGCAAUUUAGUGAAGCAGACAUUCACCAAAUUGGAGGACCUGAUUAAGCCAGACGAGGUGCUACCCGAUGCCAGUCCUAUCUAUCGCUCCAAGUUGGCCUGUGGACUUCUCUACAAGUUCCUCCUCAAACACGCUCCCGAGGAGGAUGUUGGUGAGAAGUUCCGAAGUGGAGGGCAGAUCCUACUGCGACCACUCUCCUCUGGUCUGCAAGUAUUCCAGACCCAGAAGAAAAACUACCCAGUCACCCAGGCUGUGGAAAAGGUGGAGGGAAUGAUCCAAUGCUCAGGGGAGGCCACCUACAUGAACGAUGUCCUGACCACCUCCAACACAUUGCACUGUGCUUUCGUGGGGGCCACCAAAGUGGGAGCCACCAUUGAUCUGAUCGAUGCCUCGGAAGCACUCAGGCAACCUGGAGUGGUGGCCUUUUACUCCGCAAAGGACAUUCCCGGAACGAACACCUUCUGUGAGCCCAGUUUUGGGUACGAAGCAGAGGAGAUCUUCUGCUCGGGACUGGUGCGCCAUUCGGAACAGCCAGCGGGAGUAGUCGUGGCUCUGACUGUUGACCAAGCUCAGCGGGCAACGAAGCUGGUGAGGAUCAGCUACAGCAAUCCCAGCGCGGACUUUAAGUUGCUUCCGAGCUUGGGAGAUGUAUUUGCAUCUUCUACCCCGGACUCAUCUCGCAUUGUGCCUGUGUCCAAUUCGGACUCAAAGAAGAUCAAAUUCACGGAUAAACCUGAUAAAGAUGUGAGGGGAAUCUUCGAGAUGGGUCUGCAGUAUCACUUUACCAUGGAGCCCCAGACAACUGUGGCCAUUCCCUUUGAGGAUGGACUGAAGAUCUUCUCGGCCACCCAAUGGAUGGAUCACACUCAGUCCGUGAUUGCUCAUAUGCUCCAGGUGAAGGCUAAGGAUGUGCAGUUACAGGUCCGCAGAUUGGGAGGUGGCUAUGGAUCGAAGAUAUCUCGUGGUAACCAAGUGGCCUGUGCUGCUUCACUAGCUGCCUAUAAGCUAAAUCGCCCCGUUCGCUUCGUCCAAUCUCUGGAGUCCAUGAUGGAUUGUAAUGGCAAGCGAUGGGCCUGUCGCUCCGACUAUCACUGUCAUGUUAAGUCCAAUGGCAAGAUUGUGGGCUUGACGAAUGAUUUCUACGAGGACGCUGGAUGGAGUCCCAAUGAAAGCCCCAUAGAGGGUCACUCGACCUUCACGGCCACUAAUUGCUAUGACCUAACUGGAGAGAACUUUAGAAACAACGGCAAUGCCGUGCUCACUGAUGCCCCCAGUUCCACCUGGUGCCGGGCUCCGGGUUCCGUGGAGGGAAUCGCCAUGAUGGAGAACAUAGUUGAGCAUGUUGCUUUCGAAGUCCAGAAAGAUCCUGCCGAAGUGCGACUGGCAAACAUACCAGCUGGAAAUAAGAUAUCAGAAUUGCUUCCUCAAUUCUUAGAGUCCAGGGAAUAUGCGCAGAGAAAGAAGGAGAUCGAGUCGCAUAAUGCCAAGAAUCGAUGGACGAAACGGGGCCUUGGACUGGCAGUAAUGGACUAUCCCAUCUUCUACUUUGGACAGUAUCCGGCUACAGUGGCAAUCUAUCAUGUGGAUGGCACAGUUGUGGUUACCCAUGGAGGCAUCGAAAUGGGGCAGGGUAUGAACACAAAAGUGGCCCAGGUGGCUGCCUAUACCCUAGGAGUCGAUUUAAGUUUUGUCAAGGUGGAAUCCUCUGACACCAUUAAUGGAGCCAAUUCAAUGGUCACCGGAGGAGCUGUGGGAAGUGAAAGUCUGUGCUAUGCGGUUCGUAAGGCUUGCGAGACCCUCAACACUCGUUUGCAGCCGGUGAAGAAGAAGGAUGCCAGUUGGGUGGACACCGUGAAGGCUGCCUUUGAUAAGUCCAUCAACCUGAUCGCCUCGGAUCACUACAAAGAGGGCGAUAUGGAGAACUAUCAUAUUUACGGCCUGGCUCUAACCGAAAUAGAGUUGGAUGUGCUUACUGGAAACAGUCAGAUCAAACGGGUUGAUAUCCUGGAGGAUGCAGGAGAGAGCUUGAGUCCGUACAUAGAUAUUGGACAGAUCGAGGGGGCCUUUGUUAUGUGUCUGGGUUACUGGAUGAGUGAACAGUUGGUCUACGACAGGGAGACAGGUCGCCUGUUGACCAACCGAACCUGGAACUACAAGCCGCCGGGGGCCAAGGAUAUUCCCAUCGAUUUCCGCAUUGAGCUGAUCCAGAAACCUAAUCCGACUGGAGCUGGGUUUAUGAGGUCCAAGGCUACUGGAGAGCCACCAUGCUGUUUGGCUGUGAGUGUGGUUUUCGCCCUGCGACAGGCUUUGGAUUCAGCCCGCCAGGAUGCGGGGCUUCCCCGGGAGUGGGUGCGCUUAGGAGCUCCCACAACUCCGGAAACGAUGGUGCUCAACGCAGGACACGAAGCAGCCGGUUUUAGACUUAAGUAGAUCUCUGAUUGGGUGAAUUUUUGGAACAUUUUUAUACUUAUAUUUGUUAUGCUACAUGUAUGUUUAAAAUAUAUACAAUUAUCAAUACUUUA